AUGUCUUCCUCCAACGCGCUGACCACACCCUCCACCUGGGACGUUUCCAUCGUCGAGGGAUCAGGCCUGGAGAGUCUUGAAGACCUCUACAUUAUCUUGAAGGCAGUGUUCCCUCAACCUAAUGUUCAGUUCUCUCAGCCGUUUAAUAACACGGUGGUGCUAGCUCUCUCAUUUUUACCCUACUACCAUGGCCUACCAGAAAUAUUGGUCAGUGACAAUGCCACAAUUUUUAAAUCUGCAGAGUUUCAAGCAUUCUGUAAACGCCAAGGAAUAAGACAACGAUUCAUUGCACCAGGAAACCCCUCUACAAAUGGUCAAGCGGAAAGAUUUUGCCAAACACUCAAGACAAAACUGAGGUGCAUGCAGUUUGAACAGGGCACUUUACAUGAAAAACUAUGUGCACUAUUAUUUCGGUACCGAGCUACACCACUGAGUACUGGUGCAUCCCCAGCACAAUUAAUGUUUGGCAGGAACUUGAGAACCAAGCUAGAUCUCUUAAGGCCUGGCGAAGAUGACAAAAAUGAGGCUCAACAACCAAUAUUUAACAAACAUUACAAUAUUUGGGAGAGAGUACAAUCAAGAAAUUACGCAGGAUCCAUUCUGUGGAAAUUUGGAACUGUGGUGGAAAGACUGGGACGACUUCACUAUCUCAUAGAAAUUGAUGAUGGCUGGGAAGGAACUAUAGACACUGAAACAUCGGGUCCUACAGCAAGCACUAUGCCUAAUAUUGAGGAAAAAAGCCCUAUACAUAACAAUGAAGCGUCAAGUACAAUCCAUCGUACAAGCAGCCGACAAGAGGCCGAAGAGCCAAGUACACAACAAGACGCUGAAGUGUCCAAUGCAAACUCACAACCAGAUGUUCCUGUCCCUAAAAUUCGCCGCUCAUUGAGAAUAAGAAAACCAAUUAAAAGGAUGAACUUGUAA